AUGGGUGGCAAGAGCAGUCGACCAAAGUUGUCAAAGGAAGAUCUCGAUUUUUUGAAGAAAAACACGAACUUCACCGAAGAGCAGAUCAAAGAGUGGUACAAGGGAUUUGUGCAAGACUGUCCCAAAGGUCACUUAACCAAAGACCAGUUUAUUAAAGUCUAUAAAGACUUUUUCCCAUCCGGUUCCGCGGAAGCAUUCUGUGAACACGUGUUCCGAACGUUCGACACCGACAAUUCAGGUUUCAUCGAUUUCAAAGAGUUUCUCUUGGCCAUCAACGUGACGUCCAGCGGAACGCCGGAGAAGAAGCUUGAAUGGGCCUUUCGCAUGUACGACAUUGACGGAAACGGUAGCAUUGAUGAGAAGGAGAUGGUCAAGAUCAUCGAGGCGAUCUACGAAAUGCUGGGACCGGAAAUCGCGCGCUCCACCGACGAUUCGCCGAGACGCAGGGCAAAGAAGAUCUUCGAGAAGAUGGACGUGAAUUCGGACAAACAGUUGACCAUACAGGAAUUCGUGAACGGCUGUCUGGCAGACAAGGAGCUUUUCCAAAUACUUACAAACGAACCUACGAAGUGA